AUUCCAGCAGCAGCAGCAAGAUGGACUUGGUGCUCGCAGCCGCGGACGAGUACAUCCUCACGCCGCACGUGUACCCGGCGGCGUGGCCGGCCGACGACGUGUACCGCCAAGCCAUCUCGCUCUUCUUCAUCACGAUGCUCGGUGGCUACGUCCUGUAUCUGAGCUUUGCGACGCUGAGCUACCACUUUAUUUACGACAAGGAGUACAUGAAGCACCCCAAGUUUCUGAAAAACCAAAUCUGGCUCGAGAUGAAGGUGUCGUGCUCGGCGAUUCCGGUCAUGACGCUUUUGACACUGCCCGUGUUCCUCGCCGAAGUCCGCGGCUACAGCUUUCUCUACGACGACCUCGACGAGUAUGGCUACCCGUACCUUGCGUUCAGCAUCUUUUGCUUUAUGAUGUUCAACGACAUGGCGAUCUACUGGAUCCACCGCUGGCUGCACCACCCGCUUGUCUACAAGCACGUGCACAAACUGCACCACAAGUGGCUCGUGCCAUCGCCGUUUGCGAGCCAUGCGUUCGACCCGCUCGACGGCUUUCUCCAGUCGACGCCGUACCACAUUUUCAUCUUUUUGAUGCCGCUCCAGAAAGUCGUGUACCUCGGCCUCUUUGUGCUUGUCAACUUUUGGACCAUCUCGAUCCACGACGGCGACUUCGUCAUGGACAAGAUGCCGCGCUGGUUUGAGAAGAUCGUCAACGGCGCCGCGCACCACACGGACCACCACUUGUUUUUACGGUCAACUACGGCCAGUAUUUUACGCUCUGGGACCACCUUGGCGGCUCGUACCGUGAGCCGAGUCCCUUUACGGGCACUGGCCCCCUCGACGACGUCAAGAAGAUGAAGGCCAAGGCCGCUUAAACCAUUCAAUGCACAUAGU